AUGCUGACUUUUCAGUGCGACGGAGGAAAACCGUGCAUUCGCUGCGGGGACCACAUCCCUUGCGUCUAUCAGGAGAAGAAACCGUUACGACGGAAGUAUCCCGCUGGAUACGUGGAUAUGUUAGAAGAGCACCAGGCGUAUCUGAUAACCGGUUUGAGGAAGUUAUACGAAUGCAUUCAGCAAAAUACCCGACUCCCAGAGGUCGAUCGCGAUGGCAAUAACCGACCGAUUGUGCACGAACUACUCGAUAAACUUGGCAUCUUCGCAGAACCGAUCAAAGAGCAUAUGCCCCCAGUAACUGGAAGUGCAGCGGACGCCGAACCGUCUCUGGGAAGUCUUCAUGGAAACGAUAUCGUGGGCGGAGCGAUUGGGACAACCAGGUUGCCAGGGUCGUCUAGAGCCUGGUCAUCCGCUCAAGAGGUUAAACAAUCGCGUCCCUCGAACCCGAAUGCCGCGGUGAAUCUUCCCCGCGCCUUGACUCUACCAAGGCAUAUCCCUCUCAAUACAGGCAUGGCACAACAGCGGUUCUCGCGCUCGUGCCACGAGCAAGCCAGCCCAGUGGGACUCAAUCGCCAUCAGCGACCGGUCGAUCUCAGCAAUGGAUUCUAUAGGUGGUCGUUUGACUUUUCCGACUUUCUGGCUGUUUCGAGUCGGGAAUGA